AUGCUUUCUGUAUUCUACAAGAGCACAGACACACGGGACAACAGGCACACCAGUCUCUACAUUGCAGAUGAGCUGAAGGCCGUCAUCAAUGAUCUUGGACCACAGAAGGUAUUUGCACUGGUGACAGACCAAGCAGCCUUCAUGUUCGCUGCAUUGUCUAAAGUGGAGGAGUCCUAUCCUCACAUUACACCCAUUGGCUAUCUGAAAUGCAUCAAAAAGCGUGAACACUUCUGCCUGAAGCCCAUACACGCCACAGCGUACAUGUUGGACCCCAAGUAUGCUGGCAAGAGCAACCUGUCUGGCACAGGGAUCCUGUCUCCACUCCCAGAGGAAAACCCUCACUGGUGGAACGCCAACAUGGUGUUCAUCCCCUACUGCUCUAGUGAUGUGUGGAGUGGUGCCUCAGCCAAGACAGACCACAGUGGCUACGCCUUCAUGGGGUCUCUGAUCAUUCAGGAGGUCGUGAAGGAUCUGCUGACCAAGGGGCUUGACAACGCCAAGGUUCUACUACUGGCUGGCAGCAGGUGGGUGGGGGACGGGGUCCUGUUGAACGUGGACCCUGUGGCUGAGCUGCUGGAGGGGUUGGGGCACCCUGGGAUCCAGGUGAGGGGUCUGGCUGACUCGGGCUGGUUCCUGGACAACAAGCAGUACCGAUCUACUGACUGUCACGACACCAUCAGCUGUGCCCCCACGGAGGCCAUCAAGAGAGGCAUCAAGUACUGGGGCAGCGUUGUGCCAGAGAGGUGUAGACAGGUCCACCUGGGGGAGGAGUGGAACUGUUUCUUUGGCUACAGAGUGUUCCCCUCCAUAAAGAGCCCAGUGUUCGUGGUCCAGUGGUUGUUCGACGAGGCCCAGCUGACCGUGGACAACAUCCAUCUGACCGGUCAGCCCGUCCAGGAGGGGCAGUGGCGGUACAUCCAGAACCUAGGCAUCGAGCUGAGGAACACGCUCAAAGAUGUCCCGGCCAUGUUUGCUCCAGCUUGCCUCUCACAUGAAGUCAUCACAAGGAAUUACUGGAUCGACGUUCAGGUCAAAGGCACCUCCCUUCCCCGAGCCCUGCACUGCUGGGACCGCAGUCUCCAAGACAACAGCCGGAACAACAAGGCCCCGCCCAAGGGCUGCCCCGUCCAUUUGAUUGACAGCUGCCCCUGGCCACACUGCAACCCCACCUGCCCCACCAUCCGGGACCAGUUCACGGGCCAGGAGAUGAACGUGAUCCAGUUCCUCAUGCACAUGGGCUUUGACGUGCAGAAGAUGGCCCAGCAGCAGGGAAUGGACCCCAGCAAGCUACUGGGGAUGCUGAGCAGUGGGAGCUAAGGAGACAGGAGUAAAGUCUUAGUACAGUAGACUAAACCAGGGGGCUAUGGGGCCAAAUCCUAACUUUGAGAUCCCAGAAUUUUUUUUUUUUAAAUACUUGUUUUAAUCUCCGGUUGACAUCAAUGUUUGAUUUAAAGGGAUAGUUCACUUUUGGGGGAGUGGGGGGAUUUUAGCUUAUUUUUAACUUGAAGUAUCCUUUUAAGCAAAAGACUUGAGUUUUGUGUGGAUCUCAAGGUAGGAUUCGACACCAAGUCUGGUCCCCACAUCUGAUACCUCCAGCUCUGCUCCCCAUGUUCCCUGUCCCCAUCCCAUUCACCUCAGCCCUAACCUCAGUCACACCUAAGGGCUACAGUCUGACCCC